AUGGCGUCGCCACGUCAGAGUACGAAGCCUCGAGAUUUGGAGCAAGUUAUUGAAGCUGAUGGAGUGCAGUUAGUGAAUGAGGUACAAGAAUCGGACGAUGAGAUAGAAGAAUCUGUAGUAAAUGAGGAGGAGAUAGGUGUAGACAUGGGUAUAGGGGAAGGGAAUGAUGGUCUUGAAGAUAAUGGCCAACAGGAUAACAUGAAUGAACCAAGUAAUAAUGUAGACAUAGUGGGGACAAGUUGUGGUGGCAAUGAAGAUGCAGAGAUUUUGCCAUAUAUUGGGAUGAGAUUCGAUGAUUUAAAUUUGGCAUAUAGUUUCUAUAUGAGUAUGCCAACAAGAGAGGUUUUAGUAUUCGCCUACAUCGGACAAAUUAUUCUAGGAAAAGGGAGUCUGAUGGGUCGAGAUGGGUUCUAUCGAAGAGACGACAGUGGUGGUGGCGGUGGUAGUGGCGGUGGAGGAAGAGGUGGUCGUGGUCGUGGUGAUCAAGGAGUGCUGAUGGUGGUGUCGCAGUGGAGGAGUGGUGGUUGCAUUGGAGGACGUGGAGGUGGUGGUGGUGGUGGUGGUGGUGUUGGGGGUGGCAGCAGUGGUAGUUGA